AUUAAACACAACGUUUGCGGACAUUCUAGACAAACACUCGUAGCAGAAAUUAGAAGAGUUUUGUGUCGUGUUUUAUUCUAAAAAGAUCUCGCAAAAGACCUAACGCCAAAUAGAGAUGGCUCUCCACGAUUUAGAAGAUUGGGAAACGAUGUUAUUAGAAGAUAUGUUGGUAGAAAAUCCAAACGAGACGGUCAGCACGGUGUUUCAAAGCAAUUCGACUGGGUCGCCAGCACAAGGCAAUGUGGUCGUGCAAGAUGCUAAUUUGGCAUCAGGCUGGUUAAAUACGCCAUCGUUUACUGGAUUUAAUGUAUCUCAGUUGCAGAGCGAACACGCACAGGGGGAAGUAUUCUCCGACACAGAGUCGGUGACGAGUUCCUCCUAUUCUGCGGUACCCUCUCCGGCCGCCGUAUUCGACAACACAGAGCAACAACAACAACGGUUCAGCUUCUACGCGCUUCAGGAUGAGGACUUGAAACAUCUUUCUGUGAAGGACCUGAAUCGGAGGCUUAAGGGAAUGCCAAAAGAAACUGUGAGCUUAAUAAAGAAACGACGUCGCACGUUGAAGAAUCGUGGAUACGCGCAUUCCUGCCGCAUCAAGAGAGUGCUGGAGAAGAACUCGCUUCAGAAUACCAAAGUUGAUCUGGAAGCUGUGAAUCAAAGGCUUCAGGAUGAAUUAAGCAUGAUCAGAAAUGAGCGCGAUCGUUACAAGCAAGCGUACGAGAACCUCAUUCAACUCAUCCAAGCCCAAGGCCAAAAAGUUAAUCAACGACGGUAAGACGAACGGCACUAUUUGUCAGAAUCUAUUUCCUACACAAUAGGAAGAAUUAGCAAGAAUGGGACAGUUCGCCCAAGAAACUAACUUAAAGAAACCAGUUCGUGAUAGAUAAACUCAAAGUACAUAAAUACAGUAAAGUACUGAUAUCUAUUGUAAUAUAUAUUAUGUUAUUCAUGCAGUUACGUUUAUCAGGAUGAAAGUGCGCGCGAGAGUUGUGCUUUAGGUUUCCUCGAUCAGUGAGGUGAUUUUCGUAUUUAGAACUCUGCUGCUAUUUAUCACCACAAAAACAUACGCUUCUUUUUCUGAUAAAAUGCGCAAUCGUGUUUGUUAACUUUGUUUUCAAGUCGUAAAUUUAUAUUCGGCCAAAAUAUAAACCUGUUCAGAUCGAUCGCAAACGGCGCACGUUGCAACACUACUGCAUAUAAACCAGACCUUCAGAAUCAACUGCAUUGGGAAUACUAAACACUAAUACUUUCGUCAGUUCUUGUCAUUUAUUGAUACAUUUUCUUAGUGGUUUCAUAACGUAAAUAUUGCUUUCAAAUUGUUAGCAACCGAUCUAACGGAUUUUGCCAAAUGUCCUAAUAAAUAUCGUAUGUUACAAAUGUGUUCUAACUCUGCAUCCUAACAUGCAAUUGAUGUAACUACACAAACACGAUAUAAACGAUCAUCUAGGUCGAUGCUCACAUACAGUACAAGGGAAAUUCAAUUCAUUCGCUGCCACAAUUGCAGGAAUACACGUUUUUUUCUUGAAGGCGAGCAAAGACCCGCUAUUUUUAUAGAGAAUGUUUAGCCGAGCCGUUUACACUAGCGAGGACAUUUCACAGAACAAAAGCGGAGAUGCUAUUUUCAAAGCAAUCUCCCUUUUGUAAAUUAAUUACUUGUUUAGCGAGAAUUGAACAAAAAAGUCGCAUUUUUAGCAAUUACAUUAAACCGUGACAAUGAAUUGUUGCAAAACGCAUUAACUGCAUGAUCUUAUACGCAAAAUCCAAAAGUACAACUCUCGUGCACCUGUUCCGUUUAUAUGUUGCUGUUUUUAAUUUCAUGAACAAGUUAGAUAUAACUUAAUUUGUUUAUGGAGGGAAGGAGUUUGUAUUUAAGGUCUUCAAAUUCACUACGGUUGAAGGGUAUAAGAAUGAAGAUAUUGUAAAUAAUGAAAAAGAAAUGAUGACAGAGACGUUAUAAAAAGAGAAAAAAAAGAUACAAUGGCAAUGUCAUAUUGCAGACAUGUUUGUUGAGUUGUGUUAAGUAUAGUAUUUUUUUCAAUGGAUUAUAUUGGUCGUAAUAUUGACAUUGUUUAUUCACCUAAAAAGUUGUGUUAUUUUAUAAGUAGAGUUAAUAUAAGGGUGUAGUAAUAAGAAAUAAGCUUUUAUGAAAAGUAUAAAAAAAUAUUGCUAAUUAUCAGCAAAAAACCGAAUUUAUCUUUUGUCGUAUUUACCGACCUAUGUGCAGAUAAAGGUUUCAGAAUAUGUCACACAAAAGUCUUCUCAGAUGAAAGAAACACCUCCUUUCAUUGAUAAGUAGGUGUUCUUGACUAAAGUCCUAAUAUCAUCAAAUUUUUAACAUUUGUAAUAAUUUUUGUGUAGCUU